AUGUCAUUAAGAGUACCUUCCAAUCGUCAACAACGCUUAAGUGGUGAAACAAGAAAUGUUGAUACGGGAAAUAUUAACAAUUCCCAAGACGUUUCAAGAAAGAGACAGCUUGAAAAGGACGAAAGAAUAAGAAAGAAAGUUGAACAUGAUCUUACAAGAACAAAUAAACUUUAUGGAAAGAGAACGCUUGAUAAAAUACCAAAGACUGCUGGCUCUGUCGGAAGCUUGAGACCUUCUCCUGCAAUAACCUUGCUAGGAGCGGCCACUGUGAUGGACGCUGCACGCUUUAUGGCUGUAAGCAGAGCCACAGCAGUACUUGUCGUAGAUGAAUCAGAAAAGUUGAUAGGAAUUGUUACUGACAAAGACCUGGCGUUCAGGGUUUGUGCUGAAGGCCUUAAUCCUAAUGCUACAUCCCUCGCGGAUAUAAUGACUAAAAAUCCAGAUUGUAUUACAACAUCCUCUAAUGCUUCUGAAGCUUUAAACCGUAUGGUUUCAGGUGGAUACAGACAUUUGCCACUUCUAGAUGAUUCUGAUGAAAUCAUAGGGCUUCUUGAUAUUACUGAAUGUUUAUUCCAUGCUCUUGCAAGGCUUGAAAAAGCUCACGCCUCAACAAAACAAUUAUUUGCUGUUUUAGAUGAUGUUUCAGAUAUAAAUGCUUUGAAUAAAGCUGAUUUUACAACAAUGGCUUCUCUUAUAAAACAACAUCUAUGCUUUCCUCGACUAAGUUCUAUUAUGGAUCCCUCAAGAUCACCGCCAGAAGUUUCGAUUAAAACGAAUGUACGAGAUGCCGCACGAAUUAUGAAAGAACAUCAUCAAACAGCAGUCUUGGUUGUCGAUGAUAGUAAUAGUAAUAAUCAUAAAACAGUGGGUAUUUUUACAACAAAGGAUAUAGUACUUAGAAUCUAUGGUCAAAGUGUUGAGCCAAAUAACACAUCAACCGUAAGAAUAAUGACUCCUUGCCCUGAUAUGAUCAUUGUUGGAAUGGUUGAUAUUUUACAGCUUACUUAUUCCACGUUAAAUACUUUGAAAACAUUAAAUGGUGAACAAGUGGAGAGUGGACCAGUCUGGAAUAAGUUUUGGAAUACACUAACAACAGAAGAACCUAAGUCAGAUGAUUCAUCAGAUCCUAUGAAUGAAACUUUUCUAUCGACAAAUUCUAUAGAACGCCCAAUAAUAAAACAAAGACCUAAUUCCACAAUUUUAACACCUCCUUCAUCGGAAAGUCUUUACUCAUCACGGAGGGAUUCCCGUAUUUUCAGCAAUUAUGGCAAGCUCGAUGAUGGUCAAUAUAUAUAUAAGUGUAAACUUGAAGGAUCUGACCAGUCUCAUCGAUUCACGUCUGAUACCCAAAACUUCGCUAAAUUAAGCAAAUUAAUUCGGUUAAAGAUGAAAAUUCCCGAAAAUGCUGAUAUAGCCAUCAGCUAUAUCGAUGAAGAAAAUGAUAAAAUUAUGUUAUGUUCUGAUGAAGAUAUGAUUAUCGCUAUGGAAGUUGCAAAAGGUCAAAAAGCUCCAUUAAUUCGAUUAUGUGUCGAAGUAAAAUCUAGUGGAUUGACAGAUAAUAUUUCUCGUGCCACUGAAAGUAGCAAAAUACAGCUCGCACAGCCAAUUACACAACAAACACGAUCACCGCGAUCAACGCAAUCAACACAAUUUACUCUUUCAGAAGGUGCAACAGCUGUGACAAUCGGGAGUUUCCUUUCCAUUGGAGUUGCUAUCGGCGUUGGUGUAAUGUGGGCAGCUAGAUCAAAAUGA